UUACGAGUCGAAUUGAUCGAUUCAAUCGGACCAUCGACUUGGCCCGUCGGUGGAUCGGUUUGACUUGUACCACUUCAAGCCAUAAGUAAUUUAAGUCAGAUGAUUUGUCACACAAUUGCGUUUAUCAAUAUAAGGACAUUUUUUUUCUUUUUUUUUUUAGUAACGCAUUUCUAAUAUAAGGACUUUUUCUAUUUUUAUAAAUUAAUUUUAACAAAAUGACGAGUGAAUCCAAUAAUAAAAAUGAUGAUACGGAUAAUAAAUGGAUUCAAUGGAUUAAAGAUGGAAUUGAUAACGAAUAUAUCAAUUAUCAUGAUUACAAUGAGUUUCAAGAUAUGGAAUGUAUUGGCGUUGGAGGAUUUGGUAAUGUUUAUCGAGCUAACUGGAAGAGUUCAGAUACCGUUGUUGCAUUAAAAUCUUUGACAAACGGUAAGGAUGGUAUGAAAGAAGUUGUUAAUGAGAUAAAAUUAAUGCAUAGAAUUAAUUUUCAUGAAAAUAUUAUUCAAUUUUUUGGGAUUACGAGUAAUCCAAACGAUGAAAGUUCAAAUUACUCGUUUAUUCUUGAAUAUGCAGAUAGUGGUACAUUGAAAAAUUAUUUAAAAAAAAAUUUCAAUAAAUUGGAUUGGAAUAUUAAGUUACAAUUCGCAAUUCAAAUUGCUGCUGCCGUCUCAUGUAUUCAUCAAAAAGAUAUUAUUCAUAAUGAUCUACAUUCUGGUAAUAUACUGGUUCAUCAAAAUAAGAUCAAAUUAACAGACUUUGGUCUUUCACAUAGAGCUGGAGUAUCAAGUUCUGUCGAAGGCGUUUUUGGAAUUAUACCUUAUAUUGACCCACAACGUUUCAAAAGGCAAACAAACGAGAAUAAUCAUUAUAUAGCAAAUAAGAAAUCAGAUGUAUAUAGCGUUGGUGUGCUCCUAUGGGAAAUAUCAUCUGGACGACAGCCAUUUGAAUCUUGCGACAAUAUUCAUGAUGAAACAGCAUUAAUAUUAUCAAUUUUAGAUGGAAAAAGAGAAACUCCAAUUUUUAAUACACCAAUUGAUUACAUUAACAUCUAUACAAAAUGCUGGCAAGAUAAUCCAAGCGGUAGACCGGAAAUGCAACAAGUAUUUUCUGAAUUAAAACUAGUUAAUUUAAAUACUUCAGAAUUGAUAGAAAAAUGUAUAAAGGAGAAGGAUGUAGAAUACUAUGGAUAUAAUGAAUUUAAUAAAAUUGAAGAGAUAGCUAGCGGAUUAGUUAGUAAAGUCUAUAAAGCACAUUGGGAACGAAAUGGAAAAUGUGUAGCGUUGAAAUUAUUUAAUUUAAAAGAUGAUGCUAUUGCUAAAGAAGCUGUACACGAGAUAAAAUUACAUCGGGAAGUUGACUUAAGUAAUGUGAUGAUAAAAUUGUUUGGGAUAACUAAAACAGAUUUGGGUAAAUUGUCCUUUUAAAAGGGUUUGGAAAUGUUAUGAGACAUGCAAUUGUAAGUUUAAAAUUUAAAAAUUUUUUCGAAAUUUUUUUUUUUU